UUGGAUAUGUUGGCAGCUUCCGUUUCAAGAUGUCGAAUUUCCACAAGGAAAUCUGACAAGUGUUUCUCCUAAUGCUACCUAUUGUACUUCGUGUUUGAAUCCAAAUACACAGAAAACUGUUGAUGAGUUCUCAUAUUCGGCAUGAGUGAGGGGCAUCCCGAGAGUGGAGAUAUUGUGGAAAACCCUGAACCUGAAGCCGAUGCUGAACUUCCUGUGAUAGGUGCCGCUGUGGAAGAUGACGGGCAGGUAGCUCGGGCAGAUGUGACAGACCAGCCAGAAGAUGAUGGGCACGUAGCUGGGGAAGAUGUGACCGACCAACCAGAAGGUGACAGGCACGUAGCUGGGGAAGAUGUGACCGACCAACCAGAAGGUGACAGGCAGGUUGCUCAGGCAGUUCUGACAGACCAUCCAGAAGAUGAAGGGCAUGUAGCUUGGGAAGAUGUAACCGACAAGCCAGAAGAUGAUGGGCACGUAGCUGGGGAAGAUCAACCAGAAGAUGACGGUGAUGUAGCUCGGGCAGAAGUGACUGAUCGUCCAGAAGAUGACGGUGACAUAGCUCGAGCAGAAGUGACUGAUCAGCCAGAAGAUGACGGUGAUGUAGCUCGGGCAGAAGUGACUGAUCGUCCAGAAGAUGACGGUGACGUUGCUCGGGCAGAAGUGACUGACCAACCAGAAGAUGAAUGCAUCGGAGCAGAGGUGGAAGCUUCUGAGAGCGAACAACACACAAAUGGUUGUGAUGACAUUGUUGAGGGCUUGGAGGCAGAGGCUUCUGAGAGUGAAAGACAUUCAAAUGAAAAUAUUAACACAGUCAAGGACGACCAGUCACACAGUGUUGAAGGAGAUGCUUCAGAGAGUGAUAGACACACUAAUGGAAGUGAUGACUUUGAAGAUUUGUUGGAUGUAGAAGAAGAGGCGUCGGAGAGUGAGAGACAUUCUAAUGAAAAUAUUGACUUUGUUAAAGACUCUUUUGAUGUGGAGGGCGAUGCUUCAGAGAGUGAAAGACAUGUACAUGGAAAUAAUGAACACUCCCUGCAUCUAGAGGGAGAGGAGGCUGAAGGAGUCCUCCCAAUGCAGAUCGCUUCUGAUGCCACCCUUGAAGCAAGCGAAUCUUCUCAUGAACAUGAUCAGGCAAGAGUGACCUCCCCUGAAUGUAGUCUAUCAAGGCAGAUAACUCCAAAACAUGUUGCAAAUCCAUCUGCAAUUUGUGGUGUGGCCGACAGCAAAGCUGUUGUUGCAGAUGUGUCAUUUUCUCAGUCAGAUCGGUUGUGUUCUUCUGGGUCCAUUGUGGCUGUUGUAAGUGGCCAGGGUUAUUCCGAGGAAGAUGAAGUGUCACAAGGUGCUGUGGCUAUGAACUGUGAUGGAGGGGCAUACAGCGUAGAAAACAAUGGUGAGGUUUUGGAUGGAGGAUUAAAUGGAACACUUGGAGGACAGUGCCCAAUACAAGCAGCUGCUCCUGAAGGUGAAGGUGUUGAGCAGAUUGUAGAAGAUCCUCAAGCUCCCGAGUGUGAUCGAAACUUUGCACUUGGACUUGACUCUGGAAGUGACCAGACUUCAAGCCAAGAACAUCCAUCAAGUCAGCCCUGUGAGGCUUUUCAAGGAGCUGAAGCACCGUCAGUGGAGGAGAGUAUAGGGCAUUCUAUGUCAAACAUUUCAGGAAGUUCAAAUGUGGAAUUGAAAGUACCCUCCCAUGCAGAGUUUCCUGACAGUUCGAUUUUACCAUCAUCGGAUGUAGCAGGUGCUCAGUUAGGUAAAGUUAAUGGGAAGCCAGACAAUGUGGAAUAUGGUACAGAGCUAGGUGUUGAACUUUCAGAAGAAUAUUCUGAUGUCGAGUGUAGCAACCAAAAUGUCUCUGCUUCAUCUGCAACAAACCAGGAAGAUAUACCAAAAGACAUAUCUGUUACUCUGUGUUCUGUUCAGUCAAAUUCCCCAUCUGAAACUAAAUCUAGUCUGGUGGCUUCUCCACCAUCACAUCCAGUUCACCAAAGUCCCGAACAGUCUCAGGCAUCAGGGGUAGACUCCGGUGAUGUGGAGGAUGAUCUCCUGUCAGAACUAGAUGCAGCUUUGCAUUCACACACAGAUGUAUCCCAACUGGAACCCAUUGUAGAGAAAGCCACAGACUCGGUGAUGGAACCGUUGAUGGAAUAUGAACAGCUGAGUGGCAGUGAUUCCCUUCCUAAUGGAUUCAAUAUGGCAGGAUUAUGUGACCCUCUGCAGGUCAAGGUCAUUCAGGAACAACUGAUGCGCAUGCAAAAACAAGUGGAAGACAGUCAGAUAAAACUGAACAAGUUACAGUCAGAGAAGCAGCAGCAAGUUGAGGCGUUGGUGACGACGGUGAAGGAGAGGGACACGUACCUGAAGCAGGUGGAGGUCUUGAAGACCCGCAACCCGGACGACUACUACCUGCCCCAGUUAAAGGAGCUGGAGUACACUAUAGCGCAGCAGCAGAAUGAGAUGCGAGGCCUCAAGGACAAGCUGUCCUCCCACGACAACGCUGCCAAGAGGGCAGUGUCCACACUACAGAAUGAACUCAAGGUCAGGGUUGACCAGGUUACUAAGAUGUAUGAAGAAUGUGUUCGGGAGAAGGACUCCAUGGUUGUAAAGUACGCAGAGUCAGAACAGAAGAACAUCGAAUGUCGGAAGAUGGUGGAGAAGCUGGAAGCAAAGAUCCGAGAAUCUGCGAAGGACCGAGAGUCCAUGGUUAGCAAGGUGAAGGCCGUCAAGAUAGAGAAGCAUAGAGCAGUGGCAGACAUGGAGGCCAAGUCGUCAGAGUUGACGCAGGCGCUGAAGGAGAUGGAGAAGAUGAGGGAGGCAUUGUCAUCUGCCGAUGUGAGAAUCAAGUGGGCUCAGAACAAACUGCGGGCAGAGCUGGAUUCUCACAAGGAAACCAAGGCCACUCUGGAGAAAACCAACAUCAAGCUGAAGGAGGCGAAGGAGGAGACGAUGCAGAUUCGCCGAGACUGCCAGGCCAUGAUCAAGACGUACCAGGAGUCAGAGGAGAUCAAGUCCAACUCCCUGGACAAGGAGCUGAAGGUGAAGGAGACAGAGUUGAUCAUCCAACGCCAGGAGCGAGAUGACCGCGAGGAGCUGUACCAGCUGACUAGCCGGGAGCUGGAGUCCCUGAAGGUGAAGCACAAGGACAGCCUGGAGGAGCUGAUCACACUCCGAGACAAGAUGAAGUGUCUGGAAGAGGAGCGCCACCAGAAGCAGGGCAUGCUGACCCAGUUCCAGGACAUGGUGCAGCAGCAGAAGGAGGAGAACCGUGACCUCCACAGCAAGACCUCCAGCAUGGGGCGGCUGCAGGACGACUUCUCCAGGGCCCAGGACAUGAUCAAGACGUUGGACCGGGAUAUCGCUGACCUCAUGGUGACCAACAAGGAUCUCCAGCAGGACAUGGAGGGGUGUCGCCGUCGCGAGUCCGAGCUCCUGGACCUCACUGAGAAACUUAGUCGGAAGAACGCCAAGCUCCAGUCUGACAACACCAAUCUCAAUAACCAGGUUGUGACAUUGUCAAGUGAGGCAGAAAAAUGGAAGAUGGAAAUACAAGAGCUGGAAACUCGGGUCCAAGAUGUUGAGGAGAAGUGGACGACAGAACAGAAGAAGAGGAAAGAGGAGACGGAAUCUCUCAGGAAUCUCUCAGAGCAGAUUGACAAUUAUCAGCAGCAGCUGGAGGAUGAGAAGGACCUGACGCGGACGUUGAAGCGGAAACAUGUCAACAACAUCAAGGACUUGACACGGCAGCUCCAGCAGGCCAGGAGGAAGCUGGAAGCACACGAGAACCAUGUAGAACGAGAUACCACCAGCAUGGGGUCUCGUACAAGCUCAAACGGGUCUCUUAACACCCUUGGAGACAACGCAACAGCUCACAACAAUGCCAAUGUUAACAGCAACCACAGCUCAAACAGCAACUCUAGAGCCCCCAGCCACGAACAGGAGUACCCAGUGAUAACAGAGCAGGUUGAGGUGGACAAGCAGGUCCUGAUUGAGCGGAUAGUACGACUACAAAAGGCCCAUGCUAGGAAAAAUGAGAAGCUCGAGUUCCUUGAUGACCACAUCCAUCAGCUGGUGGAUGAGAUACAGAAGAAAAACAGGAUCAUCCAGAACUAUGUGAUGAGGGAAGAGUCGGGGACGCUGGCGCCAGAGUACAUGGAUGAAAACAAACUGCGAGCUAGGACCGAGUCACAGGCUCUCCUGGCUAAGAAAGGUGGCAUCAUGGCCUCCGUGUACAGCCAACACCAGCAAGAUGGCUCUAUGACUCUUGACCUCUCAUUGGAGAUCAACAAGAAGCUGCAGGGAGUUCUGGAGGACACACUUCUUAAAAACAUCACGCUGAAGGAAAGCUUAGACACAUUAGGGACAGAAAUUGCCAGACUUUCCCAGGAGAACAGACAUAUGCAGCUUACCAUACAGGAAUUGCCGCACUGACAGACAGACAGACAGACAUAACUGACGCUACAGGACUGCCACCCUGACUGACGGGGAGACAGAUAGACAUACAAACAGGAAGACAGGUAACUGACGGACUGAUAACCAAGAUAAAGGACUGACAGCCAGACAGAUGUGAAACUGAAGAUAUAGGAACUGUCGCUCUUACUGGCAGACAGACAGGCAGAUAACAGACGAUACAGGAAGUGCUGCUCUGACAGACUGAUGGACCACCAACAGAUGGACCACCAGCAGAUGGACUAACCUACUGACAGAUGGACUAACCUACUGACAGAUGGACUGACAGAUGGACUAACCUACUGACAGAUGGACUAACCUACUGACAGAUGGACUAACCUACUGACAGAUGGACCAACCUACUGAACUAACCUACUGACAGAUGGACUAACCUACUGACAGAUGGACUAACCUACUGACAGAUGGACCAACCUACUGAACUAACCUACUGACAGAUGGACUAACCUACUGACAGAUGGACUAACCUUCUGACAGAUGGACCAACCUACUGACAAACCUUCUGACAGAUGGACCAACCUACUGACAGAUGGACCAACCUACUGACAGAUGGACUAACCUACUGAAAGAUGGACUAACCUACUGAACUAACCUACUGACAGAUGGACUAACCUACUGACAGAUGGACUAACCUACUGAAAGAUGGACUAACCUACUGAACUAACCUACUGACAGAUGGACCAACCUACUGACAGAUGGACCAACCUACUGACAGAUGGACUAACCUACUGACAGAUGGACUAACCUGCAGAAUGUUUGCACACACUGACAGUCGGCUGGCAAUUCAGCUGGGACUCUUCUUCCCCAUGUUGUUGUGAGUGUCCAGACUACUCAGAGGACACCAGAUGAUGCAAUAUACUGGACGUCUUCAUUCACAACAUGCACAGGUCAGCUCCAUCAGGAGGUAGACAUAUCUGAAGUGACCAACGAUGGAUAUGGACUCUGUGAUUCUCUUCGUGGUGUGAAACAAUACGAGUGUACAUGGAGCUCUUCCUCUUUGUGUGUUGAACAUUCCUCCCAUGAAGUGAUACAGACUGUGCUGAAUAAUCAGACACAACAUAGAUCAUUCUAAUGUGGAUCGAGAACUGCUAAACUAUAUACAGAUGACUCCAUGGUAACCAUGCUAAUCAGACUAUUUUUGCACUUGUGGAACGGACUUCAACGCACAGACUGUAUCCUACAGAAUGGCUGCAGCAGUUUCUCAAGCUGUCCGACAUUGUGUGUGAAUGAAGCCCUUGGUGUUGAAUGUUAGGUUUGAGGUGAUGCACUUGGUAGAAGUGAGAAUUUGUUGUGCCAUUAUUGAGUGGAACAAUAUUUCGAGUAGAAUGCGAUAUAUCACUAUGUUUGCCUGUCACAGAAGUGGCUGUGAUUGAAGCUUGUAGCACAAAGGCUGUGACUAUCCCGAGAUUGCACUAAGUUAUUCAUUUCUUGUUCAUGUUUGUAAAUCCGUUUCCCAUUUGUUCCCGUUUAUAUCCUUGAAGGAUGGUACGGUUAAAUCCUGAAAAAUAUCUGUGAUAGCUUGCUGCACUAGUAGUGACUUACUGAUGACGAAGCUAGUGGUGGACACGGUUACAGCAGCAGUAGCAGCUUGCAUCACAUCUUCCUAAGACACCGUCUACCAUGGUGGUUCGCUCACCGUGGCUGGUGUUCACUGGAGGUUAUGCAGAAGUUAGAACAUUACUGUUGGAAAAGACAAAUAUGGUUUGCAAUUUUGCAGAAAACAAUUUAACACUGAUGAUUUAUUUACUGUCACAGUGGACACAGGUUAACAGGUUUUAACAUGUUGUGUAAGUGCUGUUGAUUGCCAACUAUUUUCCCUAUCACAAAUAUUUGCCAUGAUUUCGGCCCAGGUGAGGGUCCGAAGUACCGGUCAUGUCUUCAUUCUUAUGCAUGUCUCAGUGUUUUCUCCUUUCCAUGAUGUACUUACAUUAUUCACUCACUCACUCACUCAAGUUUUUGAGCGCGAGAUCCCUUUGUAACUGUUACCAUGGUUACACAUUAAAUAUUUGUCUUCUGUCCCACAAAUAUAUGUCAGGUCCCAGUCCAUACUUGUUGGGGUGGAAUGUUUGGGGAUUUGGGGCAGAAUGUUUGGGGAUUGGUCGGUCUACCUGCUUGUAUUCCAGUUGUGUAAGUGUGUUUGUUCCUGUGUAGGGAUAACAGUGUUCAUUCAUCUCUUACUGUGUCACUCAGUCCGACCAGGGCAUUGACGUAGGUAUGUAAUAGAUGUUGCUAACUCAGUUGAACCAUUUCCACGGGGUAGCAUCAACUAGAUGAAGGAACAGUUACACAUUAUUAUUUGUUAUUUCACAACUUUUACUAGUUAUGACAAUGUUUCUACUUGUUUUAAUUCAGCACAAGUGAAAUGUGGGUGGCAUUACCAUAUACCAUGUGUUCUUCUUAGGUGAAUAAAGGGAUCAUGGAAUAAAACCCUGAAGGAUUUACUUCCUAAGCAAUAUUACCGGCCCUAUGUUACUUAUACCGAUUGUUUUCCCAGGUAUCUGGUACCCAUAGAAGUUAUAUAGCUUGGCCUCUGAUCAGGUUGUAUGUUAGCAAAGACAUCCUGCUUUCUGUCCCUUUGUAGGGAUCGUUGGUUAGAACUGUUCCUUGGCAACAUAUGCUUAUUGUGAGAGGUAUUUUGAUUGGGUGGUCAGACUUGGUGAAUAGCAUGUAGUGUUGUUCAUCGUAUGAAUCACUGGAUUGUUUGCGACUCAGUUAUUUUCAGAUAGUUGUCAUAUAGCUGGACUAUUGUCGAGUAACCUUUCAAAGAAAAUGUAAAUCUACUCAUGAUCUGUUAGCUGCAUUUUAAAAUUUCUUGCAGUAACCUUGGUUCACAGCAAGUCAUUUUCAAGAUUUCAGAGCAUGCAUUUGUUAGACGUUUUCACAUGGAGAUAUUCAUCAGUGGGUUGUCCUCAGUAAUGUAUGCUGGCAUUAAACAGUGACUGAAUCCAA